GUGUCGCGCAGUCAGCUGUGAUCGUGCGCCCGAAAACAUCCAGAAGGCGAACAAACAGCCGAUUCAUAAACGAGCACGAGCACGAUACACGAUACACGAAAUUCCCCGUGAGUGUGUUAAACGUUGAGUAAAACUAGCAACAGUUAACAGUAAAAAUAAGCAAAAAAAAACAGUAAUAACACCGCGUCGUUCGAGUGUAAUAUACCGUCGAAUUCCGAGUGCAACAAGCGAACAAACCUUUUCAAACUGUGGUGCGAAAUGGAACCACCGGGCGGGCGGGACACCCGUUUCAAUCUCGGCUACAACAUGAACCUGCUCAGCGGCGGAGGCGGCGGCGGCGGAGGCGGUGAGGCCUCCCCCGACGUCUACGGCAACCCGACGAUGGGCGGCAGGCCGUCGACGAGCCUGCAACAGCUCUCGCCGCGCCACCACGCGAUGGUGUCCGGCGGAGGCGGAGGCGGCGGCGGCGGCGGCGGCGGGUGCAACCGCGGCGCCAUCAAAUCGGACAUCUACGACGAUCGCGGGCUCGGCGGCGGCGCCGGCGGCGGAAUGGGUUUGGACGGGUGCGUGGGCGGCAUCGACGACGACGCCUACGCGAUGCAGGCGAAGAAAUCGCCGCCGAGCAACGGGAAGAAGACGAAGGGUCGCGUCAAAAUCAAGAUGGAGUACAUCGAGAACAAGCUGAGGCGGUAUACGACGUUCUCGAAGCGGAAGACCGGCAUCAUGAAGAAGUUGGCGGUGCACGUGAGCGGGUGCGCGCGCAUCCGCGCUACGAUAUACGGACGAUGCGAAACGCGGCGUUGCCGGGUUUACUUGUACGAAAAUCCCUAG